AUGCUUGCUUCAAUGUACAGUGCAAGUCAAAUGACAUGGCAUAAUACAAACAAAACAAGUCCAGACAUUAUGCGACAUCCAUCUGAUGGCGAGACAUGGAAGCACUUUGAUCACAUACAUACUGAUUUUGCCGUAAAACCUAGAAAUGUGAGGCUUGGAUUAUGCUCUGAUGGACCGUCGAGUCCAAAAGCUGGAAUCGAUGUGUACUUACAACCUUUAAUUGAUGAUUUGAAGAGGUCGUGGAUUAGAAAAUGGACUUAUGAUAUAUCAAGUAAACAAAACUUUACUAUGCGAGCUGCCUUGAUAUGGACUAUUAACGACUUUCUAGCAUAUGGCAUGUUGUCUGGCUGGGAUACACAUGACAAAAUGGGAUGUUCACAUUGCAUGGGGAACACCAAAGCGUUUACGUUAGAAAAAGGGGAAAAAAGUUUGUCGUUUGACUAUCACCACAUAUUCCUAUCAAGAAAUUAUCCCUAUAGAAGAAAUAAAAUUGAUUUCAAAAAAGACAAACGAGUAACAGAGUUUGCCUUCGCCUCGAUUGUCACCGGGUGA